AUGCCAUCGCUCUGCAAUAAGUGUCACUCAGGUAAGCAGAGUGACGGUGAUUCCUGGUGCCUGGGCUGUGCAGCCCAGGAAAGUUCCGCGCGGCUGUUAAAGCGCCGCUGGAAUAACCCGGGCUUGCGACAGGUGGCCGAGGAAACACUGGUCUCAGGCGCCAGGUUGCUUCGGGCCUUUGCCAACGUGGACAACAACCUGGUGACCUCGGCGACGAGGGACCCGCACCCUUUGACCGCUGCCAAGUCAAAGGCUGAAAAGAAGCGGUCGAGGAGUCCGGUCAGAGAUACCAGGCCACCGCUGGUCAGACAGUCGCCACGCCCGCGUUCUGCUGACCGAAGGUCGGAGGCUGAUUACGGAAGGGACUCUGGCAGCUACACGGAGGAGAGUGAGGAAGAGGAGAAGAAGGUGUCUGACAAGGCUCUGCCUGCACCUCCGCCGCCACCGGUGCCGCCAGAGGUCAAGGAGGAGUCUCGUGGCUCAAGGCCUCCACCUGAGCCGCCCUUUCCACCACCAAGGCGACGUGACGUGGAAGGCGAAGACAGAGAGGAAGGUCGGAAGCGACGUUCAGAGCGCAAAGCACACGCCGAAGGUGAAGAAGGACAGACAAAGAAAAAGAAGAAGAACAAGAACAGAGGAGGCGCUGGAGCGUCGAGCCUAGUCAAACUCUUUGCCCCCGAGGCCAUUGCAAUGGCUGGGACGGCAUUAGAAGGUUUGGAUGGUGUCGGAUUGGAGGACGAGGAGCCGUUUGGUGCUGUGCCAACGCCGGAAGAGGUAAGAGAAAGCCUCCGCAGCGCACCUCGGCCCACUACGCCGGUGAAGUACAAUCUCGCCGAAGCGGAGUUUUGGCGGUUGAGGCAUGUGCCUGCGGGCUCAGUUCUUCUCUUCAAAGACCCCAGGUCGGACCCUGCAGACGAUGCGUCCGUUGCGGUUCUGGUUCUCUCGACCGAGUCGCUGGACCGUGGUGUGUGGGUUACCGUAAAGGUGGUUGGCGGCAGCGAAGAAGAGUCAAAGAAGAGGGCUCAGAAAUUCUUCAGGUCGGGCAAAAGAAAGCUCCAUCUGUGCAACUUAGACAGGGAUGGCAUGUGCAUGGAUGUAGAAACGGAAGGCCUGCACCUGACACAGUUCGAGUGGUUCCCACCCGGAGACUUCUCUGCAAGCUGGGUGUCUGCAACUGGACGAAAGGCAAUCAAGGAUGGCAAGACCAUGGCCUUGGAAGAGGAAAAGAAGCGGAGGCAGGAAGAAGAAAGGAAAGAGCCCCCGGCGGAUGGCGAAAGGCCCCAUACCUCGAGAGUGGAGGAAAGGCUGAGGUCGCUGGCCCGCCCCUCGGCCUUGCGAACCAGCGGGCGCCAUGUGUCCUUUCCUGGAUUCGGGGAUGCGCCAGACUCUGGAGGGGACGGUGCCGGCCGCAGGGCUACAUCGAAGGCUGGUCCGGUCAGACGAGAGUCUCAAUCACGCUCUCUGGUGGCCUAUGCCCCGAUGGAGAACGGGGUCAAGACGGAGGUGAUAGAUGUGGACACCGAGAGCGAGAACAAGUCGAAGAAGAAAAAGAAGAGUGCGAGCCUGGGCGAAAGCCUUGCCAAAGCGGCCAAGACACAGGUCGAGCCCAAGGAAAGCGAAAGGAAGAGGAGGAGGAGCAGGAGCCGCUCUCGCUCAAGGAAGUCGAAGAAGAAAAAGAAGAGAAGGGAGUCGAGCUCAAGGAGUCGCAGCAGGAGCCGAUCCUCGACGUCGAGCAGGGACGAGAGUCUGCUCCCUCCGUUGCAACGGAAGGCGCAACGCUCCCCAGGAGCGGUCUUCCGAAUGCUGGAGGAGCACAUGGCAGAGAGGCUCUCACAGGAUGCAGCUCUGGAGGUGGAGGAGGACGGGAGCGGCCCGAGUGGAGCCCGCCCCCGCUUCCAGACUUACUUUCAGCUUUGUCUGAGGCCCCAGCUGGAUCCGCGCAGUCGGGACUGCAAGGAGCUGUCGCUCCUGGCCCGAUCGCUGGAUCUUCUGCGGGGGGGCCGCUUGGAGAGAUUGGCAGAUCUCCUUGCAGCUCGCCUCAUAGCGGUCGAUACCGCUACCAGACAAGGUUGGCAAACUGCUCGAUAUUUAGAAAUCGACAACGACGCCGACGAGGGAAGCGCUCCCCCCCACAUGCUCUUGGCCGCCCAGCGGCAUGGGCGCCUGGUCGAAAAAGCAGGCGGCGAAGGCAGCUGGCCAAAGCAGUGGGGAAGCUACGAAUGGGGAGGCGACAACAAAGGAAAGACGAAAGGGAAGGAUGCCAAGGGAAAGUCAAAGAAAGGAAAAGGAAAAGGAAAGGGAUGGAAAGCGGCAUGGCAGCCCUGGAGCCCAGAGGAGAGAAACAAAGGAGGUAUAGCACAGGGCCAGGAGGAUCCUGGCGAAUCGAUGCAAGGUCCGUGCGAUCCCCCGUUUGAAUCUAUUGGGGGGCCGCUGGAGCACAGUAAUUUGGAGAUUGAUUCAGAGCUCCUGGCUACUGGCUUGGCUCAUGAGGAAACAGCUGGAGACAUCCCAUGCUGUCCGGAGAGUCGCGAGAGCUUACUGGCAGCGCUGGAAGCUACCGUUGAUCUGGUAGCAAUGGGCAGGUUGCUGGCAUGGGGACUGUACCGCGGUUUUUGGGCGGAACUUGAGACCUGUGCUGGACCCGUACGGCUCCCUGCACUUCGGCAGAAGGGUGGGGAGCUGUUUCCCCUGCCAGUGGUCCUCCCGUCGGACGAAGAGUUCCGUGACAAUGAGCUCAGCGCCGCUGCGAGGUUUGACCUCGGCGUGCGGUGCUGGGUGGCAGUAGGAUGUCGGGCAACCAAUGCGUUGUACCAGAGCGCACAGUCUGGACUGAGUCGGAAGCCGGGAAAAGUGCAUGUGAAAGCGUUGGCAGACAUGACAAGUAAGAUCAAAAGGUUUUUGGAAGGGGUGAUGGAAAAGACGACCCCUACUUGCAGCUGGUGGCAAGUCUACUUGGACAACUUCCUCUCGGGAGAGCGACAUGACGGAGACGGGGGAGAAGAUGGGCUCAAGUUACACAGCAUGGCGCUACAGGCCUGGGAGAGCACAGGGGUGUUGUCAGCCUCAGACAAGCAGGUCUUGAACUCCCAGUCAGUGGUUGAGUUGGGAGUGAGGUUUGACGGUGAGCGAAGCCUGCUUGGCUCCUCUGCGGCCAGACUCCUCAGAACGAUCUGGGUGUCAUUAUACCUCUUGAGAGGCGGCCGCUGGAGUCAAAAGGAAGCUCAGGUGGUGUUGGGUCGUUGGGUCUUCAUUUUGCAGUUCAGGAGGGCCGCAAUGUGCGUUCUGUCAAGGAGUUGGGCCGCUGUGGAGACACCCUGGCCAAAACCUGCGAGCAGGAACGCUCUUUUGCAGGAGCUGGUGAAGUUGAUAUGCUUGGGGCCGCUGUUGCAGACAGACUUGACGGCCCAGUUCGAAGAACAUGUGACGUGCUCAGAUGCCUCCGAAACCGGUGGAGCAUCGGCAGUGAGCGCGGGUCUCACCUGGUCUGGAAGGUCGCUGGCGACAGCCCGGUGCGACACCAGGCUGAGACCUUUGGAGGUGCCGGUGGUGGUGCUUUCAAUCUUUAACGGCAUAGGCGGGGCCUUCCGCUUGUACGACGUGUUGGGAUUGAUCCCCCUCGGGCGGGUAUUGGUGGAGCUUUACAAGCCCGCCAACCGGGUCACGCGGACUGCUUGGCCGAACGUGGUCGAACUUCAUGACAUUUGCGGCCUUACAAAGGAAGACGUGCAGAAAUGGGCAGCUAUGUUUCCACGGGCGGUGGAGCUGCACGUGUACGCUGGUUUUCCUUGCGUGCACCUCUCAGCUGUCCGCGCUUUCCGUCAAAACCUGGCUGGCGAAGGGUCCAAUCUCUUCUGGCGACUCUUGGAGGUGCUUGAGUGGGUCGCUGAAGUGUUCACCCCGUUUUGCAAGGUCAAGUGGUGUAUCGAAAAUGUUUCGUCCAUGGACGAGUCUGCAAGGAAGGCCAUAUCAUCGGCCCUGGAGGUUAUGCCUAUAAAGCUUGACCCCUCGGACUGUAUGCCUUUCAACAGGCCGCGGUUCGCUUGGAGUUCGGUGGAGCUACAUCAGAUGGAGGGUGUCACGCUAUACACUGAAUGCGAGUACGUGCGUGCCUACCUUUCGACUGGCGUGGAGGUGGAUGCAGCCCAGUGGAUCAGACCAGGUUGGAAGUGGCAUGGUGGUCAGCAAGGUGUGAAGUUCGCGACCUUCAUGAAAUCUAUUAAGCGGCAGCGACCUCCACCAGUGCCGGUGGGUUUGAACAAGGCCAGCCCUGAAAUGAUUAGCGUGUGGGAGAGCGACUCUUUCCGCUUUCCGCCCUAUCAGUACCACCCGAAAUUCUGGCUGGAAAAGCAUGGCGCUACUCCCCGGCUUUUGGAUGCAAGCGAACGUGAGCUCUUGAUGGGGUUCGGAGCUGGCCAUACGGAUGCCUGCCAAAGCGCCAGUGUUAAGAAGCGGAGCUUACAAGAUCAUGAAGACAUCAGGAAAUCAUUGUGCGGGGAUAGCUUUGCGAUCUUGCCAUUUGCGGUGAUCGCUGCUUCCCUGUGCGAAGAGCUCGUCCCGCGCAUGCCGCCGCGGCAGAUAAUGUUGCGGCUGGGACUUGCCCCUGGGCAUUCGGUGCACCCUUCCGUGGAGGUCCCGUUGACAAGGCUGCUUUCUUAUGGUGGAGAUACAAGCCGCCCCUGCGCUGGCAUUGACCUGACCAAGAAGCAGGAGCUAGUGGGUACAUGUCUUGCCAUGCCGCGCAGCGGUGCUCGCGUGCUGCUGGCAGGCAGGACACGACGAGAGCGUCAGCAGCUUAGGGCAGGCAUCAGUUUGCGAAGCUUCACAAUCAGUGAUGCCACGCGACGGCGUUAUGAAGCCGCAGUCGGCCUGAUUCUCCCCUUCUUAGAGGAGCAUGGCUUGGUGGAUUGUGACCAGCUGGUGUCAGAGUGGAUUGAAUGUCAGUGGGUGCGUGGGGAAUCAGUGAAUGUUAUCGCUGACUGCCUGAGUGGUCUCCAUUUCUUUCUCCCGGAGAUUAGAGGAUCGCUGCGGCAGUCCUGGCGAUUGUUCCGUUCCUGGCGGAGAGUCGAAACCCCAUGCCGCGCUCCUCCACUCACACCGGAGCUGGUCAAAGCAAUGAUUGCCAGAGCUGUCGAUCAGAAUCAUAUUGCUUUCGCUACAAUGCUCGCAAUUGGAUUUCACGCCCUUCUCCGGACGGGAGAAUUGCUUGCUCUUCAGUUCCAAGACGUUGAAUUCGCAGAUACAUGCGGGGUUAUCACCCUCAAGAGCUCUAAAUCAGGGCUCCGUCAUGGAACUGAGGAAGCUGUGGCCUUACGUGAUGGUCUCACGUUGUCCCUGCUGGAAACGCUGUUUUCCGUGCAGGAGCAUGGGCCUGGCAACAAGCUGUGGCCCUUCUCGGCACAGUGCUUCAGGGAGACCUUCCAGAAGUACUUACGAUUGCGAUGUGGGCCGCGCAUUGCCCUAAAACGGCCUUUCGGCCAUAGGACGAAUCAGUUUGAGCGUCUGAUCGGGGCUUUUAGGCUCAAACGCACCCUUCCCUUCCCCCCCGGUGCUGGGUGUCUUUCACCCGUGCACUGUGCUGUGGAGGAGAUGGUACAGAAAAAACCUGGCAAAAGCCAGUGGUAUGAGAUUACCUUCGGGUUCAGCACGCUCAAAAAAGGACUUGGGCAGCUAGCAGCUUCGGGCGUGCGGGAUGAUGGCAAGAAAGGGUUGAAGGAACACCUUCCUGAUGAACUGAUGACCAUUCGAGAAGCUAUCUAA